UGCGACUCUAGGGACGGAGUCUCACUAUUCGAUCACACGUCCGGCGUCUCUGUCGCACCUGCUGCCAAUGCUGACAGUGCAGUUCGCUCGCAGUGGACCACGCAUGAUCCUGCAGCUCGUCUUGCUGUUCGUAGUCACCUGCCGUCUGCUGAGCACACGCACUUUAGCCAGUACGAGCGUGCUAAGACUCUAUAUGACGCUGUUGUUGCGCGCUACUCCUCCCCUGCCACUGCUGCUCUCAGCCGCCUCAUGCCGCCGUACCUGUUCCCUGACCUCGCCGCUUUUGCCACAGUCGCUGACCUCAUUACCCACCUCCGCACCAGUGACACCCGCUACCGCGCUGCGCUUCCUACCGAGUUCUGCGCCAAGAACCCCCUCCCAAAGUACAUCACCCUCUAUUACCUCGUCACCCGGCUCCCUGACUCCCUUCGUUCAGUCAAGGACCACUUCCUCUCCCUUUGCCCCACCACGCUCACUGUUGACCUCCUCGAGGAGCGCCUCCUUGCAGUUGAGAAGAGUAUAGUCGCUGUAGGAGCCUCUCGUGGUGACCCUCGUGCCCCUUUCUUUGAGGGGUGCUCCCCUGUCCCCCUCUUGCCCUCUGUUGCCUCUGCAACUGCUGUCGACCUCGUUGGCACUGAU